AUGGCGUCCAACACCAAGGCUAUGUCAGUUACGUAUACUCAGCUGGCCAAAAUGAUUGACCAUUCUCUACUUCAUCCAACAAUGACUGAUAGCGAGAUUGUUGCCGGUUUGGAAAUUGCCAAAAAAUACAAUGUAGCCACGGUCUGCAUCAAGCCCUAUUCAAUUCCAAUGGCCAAGAAGAUUCUAGCUGGAUCUGACGUUCUCAUUUGUGCUGUUAUCGGUUUUCCCCACGGCAACAGCACAACCGAAAUCAAGGUAAUCGAAGCAGACGCUGCUGCCAAAGCAGGCGGCCAAGAGAUCGAUAUGGUUAUCAACAUCGGCAAGGCCCUUGGAGAAGACUGGGACUAUGUCAGCAAGGAGAUUCAGCUCAUCAACGAAGCUGUCACAAAACGCAAUGCUAUAUUGAAAGUCAUUUUCGAAAACGAUUAUCUUCAAGACGAGCACAUUAUCAAACUUUGUCAGAUCUGCACAUUCCUUUCGGUUGCUUUUGUCAAAACAUCAACUGGAUACGGCUUUGUCAAGAAUGCCAAUGGCCUGUACUCCUACAAGGGUGCCACCAUCCCACAUCUUAAGUUGAUGCGAGAACACUGUGGACCAAGUGUGCAGAUCAAAGCUGCUGGUGGAGUUCGGACGCUGGACGAAUUGCUUAUUAUAAGAUCGUUAGGUGUAACCCGCGUGGGAGCUACCGCCACUAUUGCUAUAAUGGAAGAAGCUACGGCGCGAGGCAUCACAGAUACACCAACCGAAGUCAUCUUGAAGUCAGCUGAUCAUCUUCAAAGUGGCUAUUAA